UCCCCAAAUCACUUUCAUUUAUUUUUGUAAUACAUAUUUUUACUUUUAGUGUGUGACUGGUAUAGAAUUCACAGUACCUCAGUCUAAUUAACACAUUGACUUGCCACACUAGAAGAAAAAUUUUUUCCUCAAGGCCAGUGUGAAAACAGAAAAACUUUGAAACCAAAAAUGAUACUUUCUGAUUUAAUGAAAAAUUUGUUAUUUUUUUAUUGCUUUCUAUGUCUGAGUUAUAUGCAAUUAAAUUAUCAACUGUAACAAGAACAUCAACAAGAUUUUCACAAACCAUAUGCUUACAUAUGUUUCACAAGGCCCCCGGCUCAAAACUAGCAUGAGUUAAAUACAACUCACAUGGCAGUUAAUGUGUUAAUGAGGAUACAAUGUGAACAUCUGAUUUAGAAUACGCAAGAAAACUGUCCAGUUUUCCUGAACUUGUCUGUCCAGUGUUUUCUACUCUGCUUUGGGGAUUUUGGAUUAAUGCAGAGAAGAAGUUCAAACAGAUUGAUCCUUUUCUUUCUCCUCUAAGUUUGCUUGUUCCCUAUUUUAGGGGCUGUGUUAGGGUAUAACUGUUUCCAUCUUACAGGAAGGAAUUUCAAACCUUCUUCCCUUCAGACUUUCCAGACAUUAAAUAGAGCUGGCGAUAAUGUCAGCCCAAGUUAUUGUUUAAACAGAAGUGGAUAAUAUCCAGCCAGGGAAGCUGGAAAUAGGAUUGCAGUAUUACUUCUGAAAGGAACAAUUUAAUAUACUCUUGGAAAAUUAGAGUGGAUCAAACAUCUUGGCAAAUUAAAUGAUAUUAAUCACUCUUUAUUUACUUAAUUUUUAUUGCUUGCCAUUAUACACUGAGAUUCUGGCUCUAUAAAAUAUGAAUCUAAGAUGCUUCACCAUUUGUGAAGCUUCAAAGAGCACAUGUACUUAUUGCUUCUGUAGCCUUUUCUUUUCCAUUUUUUACAUAAAAAUAUGCACUUUUAAAAACACCAUUAUGCACUUAGUAUGCAGUUGCUUGGGAUCUUAAGGUAAAUUUUCAUUGAUACCUUUUCUACUCCUUUAUGAUAAAAAACAUUCUAAAUGUUUUAACUUGGUCACACAUAAAUGCUGCUUACUAACAUUUACCAUUUCAUAGAAAGUGCUGAAAGAACUUUUAAAUGCCUAAAGGAUAAUUUCGCCCUUGAAGACUCCUUAAGAAUUACAGGAAUAGAAGAGGUCUGGUUCACUGCGUCUGUCCAGCCCUGGCUGUUUCUUAGAGGACUUCAUGCAUUCACUCUCAGACCACAAAUCCUAGAGCUAGAUGUUAUGUGACUGGAAUUCUGCUUCUACAGACGCUGCACGAAUCAGAGUUAUAAACUCAGGAUCUCAGAAUGAGUAGUGUUUGGAUAAGUAGAUAACAACAUACUCAGUGUUCAUACACAAGCCUUUACAAACCCUUCUUUCAUCUGUGGCUCUCAAUGUCUGCUUCACUCCAAAACAGUGAUUUCCUAAAUACAGCUGAAUGCCUAGAUUUAAUAUAGUUUAUUCUCCAAAGAAGCCAUUACUUAGAACAGCCUCACAGACAUCAAGAUUGUUGCAGUUCAAUCACCAAGACGUGCCGUAGAAGUUUACUGUCUUUCAUGAUAUGGAAAAAAAAAUUUUUUUGUUUGGCAUGAAAUCAUCUCUCACAUUUCCUCCUAAGUCAUUCUCUGACUACCUGGUGCCAUUUCACUGGGCCUCUUCUAAACCACAUACCUUCUGUCCCUGUGUGCAGCUGCUGUUAGGAGAUGGCUGCUCCCUUAAUAGACUCUUCUUUGCAGAUGUGUGUAAUGUGGAUCACCAGAACAAAGCGGGGUAUACCCCCAUCAUGCUGGCGGCCCUUGCUGCCGUGGAGGCAGAAAAGGACAUGCGGGUUGUGGAAGAACUCUUCGGCUGUGGGGACGUCAACGCCAAAGCCAGUCAGGCAGGGCAGACGGCCCUCAUGCUGGCAGUCAGUCACGGGCGGAUAGACAUGGUGAAAGGCCUGCUGGCCUGCGGGGCUGAUGUCAACAUCCAGGACGACGAGGGCUCCACAGCCCUCAUGUGUGCCAGCGAGCACGGGCACGUGGAGAUCGUGAAGCUGCUGCUGGCCCAGCCAGGCUGCAAUGGCCACCUGGAGGACAACGUAAGCUGUUUCCCUUGCGCCUCUAGGCCAGGGCCUAGGGGACUCGGCCUGGAAUGCUGA